AUGCCAGAUCUGAGCACCGUCUGUCCCGAACUGUCUGCCGACGCCGCCGUGGACCUAGUGGGCGGGGAUGCGGCCGCUGACCCCGCGACGGCAGCGGCGGCGGCGGCGACGGAAUCCUCCUCCGGCGGCGAUGGCGCUCCCAUUAUCCCUGUGGAGUGCCGUUGGAGCGGCCGCGUGCGCGCCUUUGACGUCCAGGGCGCGGUCCCUGUGACCGCCUGCCCCGAGGCGCGCCGCGGCGGCGAGAGGAGGUCGUCCUCUGUUCCGCCCCCUUCGUCCGCGGCGGCGUCACUCGCCCCGUUAUCGGGUUGGGUGCUCGAGGACUAUGUGAACGAGGGCGUGAUCGCUGUCACUGCCGGCGCGGAGGCGCGCAGAGGAGGCGGCCGGAAGAACUCGUCCUCUGCCCCGCUGCCUCCGUCCGCAGCGGCACCAGCGCCGGCAUCUGGUCGGGCACUCGAGGAAUAUGUGAACGCCGACGUGGCCUCUCUCGCCGCCUCUCCUGAAGCGCACCACGGCGGCGGUAAGGACUCCUCUGCCCCGUUGCAUUCUGCCGCCACGGCCGUACAUGCGCCAGCACCGGGUGUGAAGCUCGAAGAUUAUGUGAACGUGUGUGCGGUCUCUGCCACUCCAUAUCUUGAGGCGCGCCGCAGUGGCGGAAAGAAGCCGGAUCUGAUGCUAGAGGACUAUGUGAACAAGGGUGUGGUUUCUAUCACAGCCCACCCUGAGGUGCGCCGCGGCAGCGGGAAGAGGUCGUCUUCGACUCGUUCGCCUUUAUCUCCGGCAGCAACGGUGCUGGCGCUGGCAUCGGGUCGGUCACUCAAGGACUAUGUGAAGGAGUGGGAGGCGAGGAAGGUGGCGUCAGGUGCCUCCCUGCAGCAUUGUGUGCUGCCAUUCCUCACUGGUGCGCCCAAGGCGGUUGAAUGUCGUGUAUGCUAUAAGAUUAUCCAUCCCUCGGAAGAAAUAAAAUGUUCAGUUAGCCGUUGUGAACAAAUGUUUCAUCUGACCUGUGUGGUGGAAUAUACUGCAAAUUUCACUGCUGAAAGCUUCAGGUGCCCUCAGCAUGGUUGCAUGGUUUGUAAGCAAAAAAUGUUUUUUUGGCGCUGUGGACGUUGUACAGUUGCAGCACAUACAAAAUGUGCACCAUGGCCUCUAAUUCAUCUAAAAGAUGACCAAGGAAGUGCAAUUUGCUGGAGGCACCCUUCCAAUUGGCUCCUUCAAAAUGAGAAUGCUGACCUGACAAACAACAUAGAGGAAGUCUUCUGCCGACUACCUCUUCCAUAUGUUAAUGAAGAAUUCAAUAUUGAUUCAACCAUUAGGAAUUUCACGGCAAUUGUUUGUAAACCGCCCUCCUACACACAUAUCAGGCGCAAUGUAUAUUUAGUCAAGAAGAAACGCGCCGAUUCGAGUGCCGAGACUGGGUGCACAAAUUGCAAAUCGGAUUCUGUUUGCAAAGAUGAUUGUGAAUGCAGGGGUCUUUCUAUGAGUUGUUCCAAGAGUUGCCACUGUUCAGAUCUGUGUAGCAACAAGCCAUUCCGCAAGGAUAAGAAAAUUAAAAUUGUCAAGUCAGAAGGCUGUGGAUGGGGUGCUGUUGCAUUGGAGCCAUUGGAGAAAGGUGAUUUCAUAAUUGAGUAUGUGGGUGAAGUCAUCAAUGAUGCAACAUGUGAACAACGGCUUUGGGACAUGAAGCGGCGUGGGGACAAAAAUUUCUACAUGUGUGAAAUCAGCAAAGAUUUUACAAUAGAUGCAACUUUUAAAGGAAACACUUCACGUUUUCUAAACCAUAGUUGUGAUCCCAACUGUAAACUAGAAAAGUGGCAAGUUGAGGGUGAGACAAGAGUUGGUGUUUUUGCCUCUCGUUUCAUUGAAGUUGGAGAGCCCUUAACUUAUGACUACAGGUUUGUGCAUUUUGGAGAGAAGGUUAAGUGCCAUUGCGGAGCAAAGAGUUGCCAAGGAUACUUGGGCAGCCAACUAAAGAAUCCAACACAGAACGCUCUUGCGGCUGCGGCGCUUGAGAAUAAGUUGCUCGUGCAACAGGGCGGCUGCUCUCCUUCAAGGGUGAAAACAGAGACUCGCCUGUUACCCUGGACCAACUGUAUAGAGGUUCCCUUUAACUUGAGGAGCAAAACGAAGAUAGACCGGAUAUGUUGGGGACAGAAACGGCAGCGGACGUCCCUUUUAGAUCCAUCGUCAUCUUCAGCUAGCGUGCAGCCAUCAGAUAUUGAAGCUGGUGCAUUCAUUCUAUAG